UCGUUUGCAAUGGGUGCAGCACUAUCUGUAAUCCCCAUCGUGGGGCCCCUAAGCACUAUUGCGACAUCUGCUCUAGCAGGUGUUGCAUUCUGCUGCACAUCGACAGCGGCCUCGAUGUUCUGCAAGUCAUGUAACUGCAACUCGUCAAUCGCAACCCGUGUUGGCUUUGCUUUGAUAUUCUGUCUCAAUUCGAUACUGGCAUGGAUUAUGAAGACCGAUUUUAUGAUCCGGCUUAUCGAGAAGUGGAGCUAUGACUACAUUAAGAUGGAAUGCAAAGAGGGCAAAUGUUACGGAGUGCUCGCUGUACAUCGAAUUUGCUUCGCGCUGUCGCUGUUCCACUUCAUUUUGGGUGCGCUGCUGAUCGGCGUGAACAACACUCGCGACAAGCGUUCUGCGAUUCAGAACGGGUUCUGGGGACCCAAAGUUCUCCUCUGGAUCCUUCUCAUCGUGGCGUCUUUCUUCAUUCCCAAUGAGUUCUUCAUGUUUUGGGGCAACUGGGUCGCUAUGAUAGGAGCCAGCAUCUUCAUCAUUAUUGGACUCGUUCUGCUGGUCGACUUUGCCCAUUCUUGGUCCGAGAUGUGUCUGGAGAAAUGGGAAGCAUCCGACUCCAAUCUGUGGCAAUUUGUCCUCGUUGGUUCGACUGCUGGCCUGUAUUCCGCGGCCAUUGCGCUGACGGGGAUAAUGUAUGCUUGGUUCGCCAGUUCCGGAUGCACCCUCAACCGCUUCUUCAUCUCGUUCAACUUGGCGCUCCUCAUUAUCAUCACUAUCAUCAGCAUACAUCCCGCCGUUCAGGAGGCGAAUCCCCGGUCCGGUCUUGCACAAUCCGCCAUGAUUGCCGCAUACUGCACCUACCUCGUCACUUCCGCCGUUGGGAAUCACAAUGAUGGCACUUGCAACCCAUGGGGUGGUGGAGCAGCGACUACACGCACCACCACAGUUAUUCUCGGUGCUGUCUUCACGUUCCUCGCCAUUGCCUAUUCCACUUCGAGGGCCGCCACACAGAGUAAGGCUCUUAUUGGAAAGGGGAGGAAGGGCUACGAUUCCAUGGAUGGCUACACUGCUGUCCCAACUGCUGAUGGCCAACAUAUUCUCACCUCGCAGCCCAGUCGUAGGGAUACGCCCCGGUACCAGGCACUUUUGGCUGCAGUCGAAGCUGGCUCCAUUCCUGCUUCGGCUCUCGACGAAGACGACGACCAGGAUUUGGAAGACGAUGAACCCUCGGGUGAGGAAAGAGACGAUGAGAGGAGCAGCACGAAGUAUAAUUAUUCUUGGUUCCACGUCAUCUUCAUUAUGGGCUGUAUGUAUGUCGCUAUGUUACUGACAGACUGGAAUGUCGUGCACGAUUCUGGAGUGGGUGAUAAUCCUGUUUACAUCGGCCGCUCCGAGACCGCGAUGUGGAUGCGCAUUGUAUCGUCAUGGAUAUCUUACGCACUCUACGUUUGGACUCUCGUUGCACCAAUGGUGUUCCCUGGAAGGUUCGAGGAUUUCUGAGUCGGUUUAUUGUAUAUGAUUGCAAUGUGCAUCUGUAC